AUGGUUUUCUCAAGGAAUCACAACAUCAUUUUCAUGCUAAUCUCAUUCCUAAUCAUCCUUGCAACGACGUCAUUGGCGUCUGCGGGACUUUUGCCCUUCUCAUCCAAACAUGUUGUGAUCAUCAACAAACUUGUGACGCGUCAGACACUGAUUGUGCAUUGUAAGAACAAAGGCGAAGAUAAAGGAGUGAUCACACUCGGACCUGGUGAUAGUUUCGAUUUCAGGUUUCGUGUUAACCUCCGCAAAACAACGGUGUACACUUGUACCUUUACUUGGCCUGGCAACGUAGCUACGUUUGAUAUUUUUAGAGCUGAUCGUGACGAUAAUCCCAAAAGCAAAGUUGGAGUUUGCAGCGAAUGUAUUUGGAGUAUUUACGAGCCAGCACCAUGUAGAGAUAGACGUGAUGGAGGUCAACCAAACUGUUUCCCAUGGGCUUCUUGA